CGAUGUACGUGCAAUGUGCGGGAGGCAUAAUGGCCCCCACAGCUGUUCGGAGAGGGGAGGGGGGGGUCUGUGUCGGCUGAAUAACUAGAUCAGGGUUGCCUCCGCCGCGGCGGUCCCUCGCUUGGGCUAGAGCGCGUUUUCUUCUCGGCUCCUCCAUGACUGCCUCUCCUCCUGCCUCGCCGUGCAUGGUUUUCUCUAGGCGAAUUCUGCAAACACUGGUUUGGACAGCAGUUCGGUUGAUGGACCCCAAACAGGCCACAUGGAAGAAGCGCCAUUCAGCCAUGUUGAAGAAGGAAGGCUAAGAGAGGUCCUCCCACCUGGCCUGGCAAAUGGCGGAGGGAAGGCAGUUGCUGGUGGAGGGGCCAUGCUAAUGGAUACCAGCAUGUGGCUUGGCAGCCCGCGCGCCGAGCGGAAGGUCACCUGGGAGGGUCAGGGAGACUCUUCCAGCAAUGCCAAUCUGGAGGAUGCUCAAAACUUAGUGGCUUUCUCUGCAGCAGCAGAAGCCGCCAUGUCUUCCCAUGGCUUGGCACCUCUCACAUCCCCUUCCGUGUUAAGCAUGCGGCUGUAUGAAAAAUUUAAUGCUGAGAUGAAUCGUGGGGAGAUGGAGGAGGGUGUGGCAGUGCCUCCUCCCAACAGCUGCCCUGGCAUUGAGGAUCUGAACGCCCUCAAGGCUGCGCUUAUUUUGGCCAAGCAAGGCAUGAAACCGCCCAACUGCAACUGUGAUGGCCCCGAGUGCCCAGACUACUUGGAAUGGCUGGAGAAGAAGAUCCAAUCAGCCACUGGAGAAGAGGAGAGCUGCACUGCCCAGCCCCUCAGCCAAGUUCACCAGCCCCCCUUAGACAGUGGUGCUAAUGCCAAGCAGGGCCUGGCUGCAGGCGAGCAGGUGACUCUAUGCCCCCUGGAAGCCCUCCCCCUUUCCCAAAGUGCACUGAACAUUGCAAAGGAGAAGAACAUUAGUCUCCAGACAGCCAUUGCAAUUGAAGCCCUCACACAGCUCUCCACGGUCCUUCCAGAGCCGGCCACCCAGGCUCUGCCCCCUCCUGGGAGCCCCCUGCAAGCCACGGCCUUUGGCUCCAAGGAGCAGCCUCCCCUCCUCUCAGCGCGCAACCCCAGCAUGGUGCUACCUGUGUCUAGUGCUGGGUUGUGCCAGAGCCACACCUCCAAAUCCGACGUGAACCACCACUUGCUCCCAGCUCCGGCAGUGUCAGCAUCCUCCUCCUGGCCGCAGGGAGUGAAACGUGCUCAGGACGAAGCCCCCUAUUGCCUUGACCACAGCAAUGGCCAUCUAGAAUCUGCCGGCCUGUUUCCCACCUGCAGUUCUACCCCCCAGAAGGCAGGUUUCCCCGAGCAACGGAGGGACGAAGCUAAGCCAAAAGCUAGACUGUGGGACCUGCACGCCAGCACUUCACCUUCCUCCUUGGUCAGCGACACCAUGGCUGAGCUGGAGCAGCUGCUGGGCAGUUCCAAUGGCUGCAUCAGGUCCGUGUUCAAGCAGCCGGGGGUGAUUCCGGGCAAAGCAAGAGCAGUCAAACCAAGGCAGGAGCACGUCAUCCACAAGGAUGAAAAUGGCCAUGCCAGCUGCCACAAAUCCCCCUCUUCCAGCCCGCAGCUGUCCCAGCUCCUGCAGGAGACCAGUUUCCACAGGAAGACCCAGAAGGCCCUACAGCACCACCUUCACCACAAGCGCAGCCUUUUCCUCGACCAGAACGUACCUCACGGAGGGACGCAGGAGCCGCUGCCCAGCUGGUGGGCCCCCGGGUCGCAGGCCCAGCUGCCUCCGAAGCGGCUGGAGAAGCCAGUCAAGGAGCGGAGGAAGAAGCCUGAGAAGAGCGGCCCCAUGAAAUCGUUCCGCAAGCAAAUCCAGAUCAAGAAGUCCAAGCAGAAGGAUUCUCAGCCCCUAUUCUUGCCCGUCAGGCAGAUCAGCUUGGAAGGGUGCCGUGCGGCUGCUGCGCUGGCGUGCCCGAGCAAAGAGGUUCCACCUGAACAGCUCCUCUCCUGCACUCCUACCAAGCUUUUGCCUCCCACUUCGCUGGCUGCCAGCCUCGCGGAGCAGUCUCCAUUGCAGAAGCUACUUGAAAACCGAAGCCCGGCUUCCAACACUCAGGAAACCUGCCAUCCUGGCCAGGAGGAGACCCGUUGCUACUUCCCAGAGAAUUCUGCCUGCGAAGCCGCACCCCUCAGCAGCAGCCCUGUGCUGGGCUUUGCUCCGUGCUCCUCUGCUGUGGCUUGCAGCAAUGGGCACGAGGAAGCCUUCCACGGGACAGCCAGCUCAGCGGCCCACCCAUUCUUCACCCAGAAUCCCACCGCCGUGGAUGACAAGCUGGAGGAGUUCAUCAAAGAAUUUGAGACUGAGUUUGGUGAAAACUUCACCUUUCAGAAUCCAGAACUUCCAACCGCGCUGCUCCUCAGUAAGGGGUCUCUGCCAGCCCAGCCCCCUUCCCCCCUGCUCCCGCUCUCUUCUCUGAGCCAGUCUCCAGAGCCGCCAGAGGGUUUGGAUGCCCCUCUCCAGCCUCCAGCCCAGGACUGUGCAGAGCCUUUGGCAGGCACUCCCGAUGCGGGUCUCAAAACCUCCCUCUUACCAGGGGCCAGUCAGCCUUUGGAAAACCCCUUGGCAGCUCGGUCCCCCAAACACAUAAAAAUAGAAUCAUCUGGUGCUAUUACAGUGGUCUCCACCACGUGCUUUUACUCUGACGAAAACCAAAACCCAGACACGGCUGCCCUGGAAGGAACUCCAACCAAGGAUAAAGAGCCGUUCAUGCCAACUCUCAGUGGAUUUUUGGAGUCUCCCUUGAAAUACUUGGACACCCCAACCAAAAGUUUGCUGGACACGCCUGCCAAGCGAGCUCAAGCUGAGUUCCCAAUUUGUGACUGUGUGGAACAAAUAGUUGAAAAAGAUGAGGGGCCAUAUUACACUCACCUGGGGUCUGGACCAACUGUGGCAUCCAUCAGGGAACUUAUGGAGGAACGGUAUGGUGAGACGGGGAAAGCCAUCCGAAUUGAAAAGGUGAUCUAUACCGGGAAGGAAGGAAAGAGUUCUCGCGGCUGCCCCAUCGCAAAAUGGGUCAUCAGGAGGCACAAUGUGGAGGAGAAGCUGCUGUGUCUGGUGAGACACCGUGCUGGCCAUCACUGCCAGAAUGCUGUCAUCAUCAUCUUGAUUUUGGCUUGGGAGGGGAUCCCUCGGUCCCUGGGGGACACCCUCUACCAGGAGCUCACUGACACACUCACAAAAUUUGGAAACCCUACCACCCGGCGAUGUGGGCUGAACGAUGACCGAACCUGUGCAUGUCAAGGCAAGGAUCCCAACACCUGUGGUGCUUCCUUCUCCUUUGGUUGCUCUUGGAGCAUGUAUUUCAAUGGGUGCAAAUAUGCACGGAGCAAAACACCCAGGAAAUUCAGACUUCAGGGAGAUAAUCCCAAGGAGGAGGAAGUGCUCAGAAGAAGCUUCCAGGACUUAGCUACAGAGGUUGCACCACUUUAUAGGAGGCUGGCACCCCAGGCCUAUCAAAAUCAGGUUGCAAAUGAGGAUAUAGCAAUAGAUUGCCGGCUUGGGCUGAAAGAGGGGCGGCCUUUUUCUGGAGUGACAGCAUGCAUGGAUUUCUGCGCUCAUGCACACAAGGACCAGCACAACCUUUACAAUGGGUGCACAGUGGUGUGCACCUUGACUAAAGAAGACAAUCGUACCCCUGGGAAAAUCCCUGAGGAUGAGCAACUGCAUGUUCUUCCCUUGUACAAAAUGUCCACCACAGAUGAGUUUGGCAGCGAGGAGAACCAGGCUGCAAAGGUGGGCAGUGGGGCCAUCCAGGUGCUUACCUCCUUCCCCAGAGAGGUGAGAAAGCUUCCCGAACCAGCAAAGUCUUGCAGGCAGAGGCAGCUGGAAGCCCGGAAAGCAGCUGCUGAAAAAAAGAAAAUGCAGAAAGAGAAACUGAUUACACCUGAAAAAAUCAAGCAGGACAUCCUUGAGCUCCCAGCACUCCAGCAGAACACAGAUACAGCUUUGAAAAGUGGACUCUCCCAGCCAUCAAUCAAACCUUCCAUCAAAGUGGAACCUCAGAGUCAUUAUAAUACAUUGAAGUACAAUGGGAAUGCAGUGGUGGAAAGCUAUUCGGUGCUCGGGAAUUGCAGACCCUCUGACCCAUACAGCAUGAACAGUGUUUACUCUUAUCAUUCAUACUAUGCACAGCCUAAUCUGCCUUCCAUGAAUGGGUUGCAUUCGAAGUUCUCUCUUCCAUCUUUCGGGUAUUACGGAUUUUCUAGCAACCAUAUGUUCCACUCCCAGUUUUUGAAUUACAGUGAUAACAAGAAUGCACCCUGGGUAAGCAGCAGCUAUGAGAAGAAGCCUGACGUCCAAAUCUUGCAAGAUAAUUUGAGCCAUGCUUAUAGGAAUACUGAACUCCUGGAUGAGAUACCACCCACUGUACGGAGCAAAAAUCACCACCAGCGCACCUACGAGAAAGCCAGCAGACAUGCAGGUAAGACCCCAGCUGUGCCCCAGAGAUGUCACUCAGUCCCUGCAGAAGCCUUGUCAUUUGCACAAAACACAAACUGUUUCAACAACCGAACAAUCAAGCAAGAACCAGUUGAUUCCUUGACACACCCAGAGUCCCUUUCUAGAUCACCUGCUGUCAAUGGCCUAGCUCCAAAUCUGAGCCCAUCUGAUUUGUCCAGGUUAUCCCAGAAUGGUGGUCCAGAGCAACAAUGGAGCCCUUAUAAAGUCAAUAGAAAUCAGUCCCAACCUGAGAGAACUAGUAAUGCUGAAAGCUCGUGGAACAUGUUUACGCCAAAUGACAGUGGCAGCAUGCUUAAUGCAAGCACCCAGAACAAAUCAAAUUUGUUUGGUUCCCACUCAAAUCUUAGCAGGUUAUCACAGUCCCACCUUUUGGAGAAACAGUGGAAUUUGUUUCCUGGGGAGGGGCAGAAUCUGUCACCUAGCCCUGAUGCGCUGGGGAAAUCAUGGAGCCCUUGCAAAGUCAAUGAAAGCCCCUCAUUGUUUUCUGCCAAUUCAGACCUUCAGGAGAAACCCUGGGGUCUUGGGCAAUUGAACUUCAGUUCCAUCAAGGGAAGUUCCAGGCUUCAAGAUGACCUUUGGCAUUCUGGUAAAGUGGAUGACAGGAGGACUCUGACAUCAAAUACAGGUUUACCGAGUAGAUCAUGGACUUCCUUUGCCUCAUUGCCCUCUACAGCCUCAAGUGUUUGUGAGGAGAAGCCGCCAUUUGCUUCCUUGAAAGAAGAAGGAAGCGCAUCAUUGCUGGGUGCUGAAAGACCCUGGGAUUCCUUUAGUUUGGAUGACAGCAUGGAAGAGACACCUGAGAAGAACAUCAAGGAGGAAGAGGAGGAUGAAGAAGAGGAGGAGGUAUGGUCAGACAGUGAACACAACUUUUUGGAUGAAAACAUUGGUGGGGUGGCAGUAGCUCCAGCCCAUGGGUCCAUCCUCAUUGAGUGUGCAAGGCGCGAGCUGCAUGCCACCACCCCAUUGAAGAAACCGAACCGAUGUCACCCCACACGCAUCUCUCUGGUAUUCUACCAGCACAAGAACUUGAACCAGCCCAAUCAUGGACUUGCCCUUUGGGAAGCAAAGAUGAAACAGCUGGCAGAAAGAGCGAGGGCAAGGCAAGAGGAGGCAGCCAGGCUUGGGCUUCAACAGGAUAUCAAAAACCUUGGCAAAAAGCGGAAGUGGGGAGGCAGCUUGGCCCCUGAGCCCCAGCAUAAGGAGAAGGAGGACUUGGUUCCAAAGAGGCAGGCCUUGGCCAUUCCCACCAACUCGGCUGUCACUGUGUCCUCUUACGCUUAUACCAAGGUAACAGGACCGUACAGCCGCUGGAUAUGAGAAGACGACAGCUCCCGGCGGCCACUUUACCUCAACGCUAGCAGCACUGGAAGGCAGUGCUGGUCUGUGGUGCUUUUUCCUUUGGAGAGAAACCGAAUACCAGGCCAAGUGUGAAGUUUCCCUACCUUCACUUGGGAGUCGAGCUAAAGAAACUUAUUGCUGUCAGCCUUUUUCAGUAAUCUAGUAUUUAUAUCUUUGCAUUUUUAAUCUGUACAUCACAGUAAUGGCAAAAGAAAUUUAUAGUGUCCUUUCACAAAGGACAGCUUUUUAAUUCCACAUCCAAUACUUACGUAUAUUGGAUUUUUAACUGCAAUUAUUACAACUCUGAAGCAGAUUAUGUGAUUAAAAACAAAAAAGACAACUCCACCCCACACUAAACCAGGUACAAAUUUGCACCUUCCAUCAUGUCGGGGCUGGUAAAUAUCUUCCCUCGGAGACCACCCAGAAACAUGAACUUCCAAUCCAAUCAAGGGGACUUUCUGAGCAGGGUCCACCGGUUGGUGUGUGGUGGUUUCUUACUGAUUCAGUAGGUCUCAGUGGCUGAGGAGGUACGUUAAGAAGGCAUCUCAGAUAAGCAACCCUUUCCUACUCAGUAGUUUGAACAGAGUUUAAAAUGCCAUCUAGAGUUUCUCUUUUUAAUCCUAAGGAAUCUUAAAUCAGAAGGAAACCCCAGGAAAAUAGGAGGACUGACUCUGGCGUUGCCUUCUCUGGUUCGGAUCUUGGCAAAAUGAGCUGGACCCUCCCUGGUCUCCUGCCAGAUCCUGAACAGUAGCAUAAACAGUGAAGUCUGAGCAGAAAAAAGGAAGGAAAACAGAGGAUUAUGAGAUCUACCAGCAGACAUGUUUUACUUUUGUAAAUCUCAAGGCAAGUUUUAUCUCUAACAUCAGGUAAAAGAAAAGGAUAGUCAUUUACAAUGUAGGCAGUAGUUUUAAAGUUCCA